UUUUAUUUGAAAUAAAAGCAAAAUUUAAGUGUACCUACUGUGGCAUUAGUUUCACAUUUUGAAUCGAAAUUUAUGAAAAAUCGUAUAUUUCUAUCUGCAACAUCCAGCAUAAGGGCAAGUGGCACCUGUUUCAGCACAAAGUUUUAUAAACCCCAUACUUACACUUACGUACUUAACCAUGGGCUACGAUCUGGCGCUAAUCGUUGGCCAUGUCGAUGAGGAGCUCCUCUGUCCCAUUUGUGCGGAUGUGUUGGAGGAGCCCAUGCAGUCGUCCAGCUGUGAGCACGCCUUCUGCCGCUACUGCAUUGAGAAGUGGAUGCAGGAGAAGCAAAUCUGUCCGGUGGAUCGCUCCGAUUUACUGCCCAUCCAUUUGGUGCCCGUCUCACGUCUCAUGCGGAACAUGCUUGGACGCUUGAAGAUCAAGUGUUGCUUCGCAGAGAAUGGCUGCACAGCACUGAUGCCUUUAGAGGAAUACCGCAACCAUGUGGCCCACUGCCAGAACAAUCCAAAGGUAGUCGUCAUGUGCACCAAAGGCUGUGGCAUGAGGGUGCCCAAGGAUGAGCUGAGCAGACACAACUGUGUCUUCGAACUGCGCCAACAGCUGCAGGACCAUAUCAAUGCGAUUCCCGAGCUGCGCGACAUGCAGGCACACCAGGAGCGGCGGCUGGGUGAGCACAGGCGCGAGCUGGAACUGCUGCAGUAUUAUAUAGCGACACUGCGCGCCACAAAUCCUGUCAUCCGUACUGUAGGUGACCAGCUGGAUCGGUAUGCGCUGAUGCGCUGGGGUCGUGGCCUGCCGCUGGCCUCGGUGCGCACUUGGGGCAGCCUCAUCUCUACGCCGGACAUGCCGAUGCGCUUGAUGGUUCGCGAGGGUCUGCGCGCCAGCGGUUGCCCCAUGCAUUUAAUGGAGAUACUGCUGGAUUGCUGCCACGAGGAUAGCUGGCCAGAGGGACUGACUACGCUAGAGAUGCGGCGCAUGAAUCUGCAUCGGUUGGCGCAGUAUGUGACACGGCUGCUGCCAAUUGUGAUCACCGGGAAGCCGUGCGUGGUCAUUUUGGGCGGAGACAAUGCCCACAUGCCCGAGAAUCUGCGUCCGGUGCUGGGUGUAAUUAUGAUAUUUGUUGAUGGCGUCGAUGAGACGCAUCCGGAGCCAGCACCAUUGCCAGAUAGUGAUUACCUUUAAGUGCAAAUUAUACACGUUUACUCUUGUUUGAUCGGUCCAAAUUAUACAUAAAUUACACAGA